AUAUAUAUAUAUGUAUGAGUUGAUUUGUUUUCACGUUCCAACAAUAGAAGGAUUCAAAGGACGCGCAAAUAGAAAACUACACGCACGCACCUCCAAUUCUAGUACCAGUAAUGGUAGUCCCCAAAUAUUUGCUCUCCAUUCUUCAGGCCCGGCUCGGCCCCGACCCGAACCUACCCGUUCUCGGCAUCCUCGCCUUCGAGGCUGCCUCCGCCAUGUCGCGCCUCGUCUCCCUCAGCAAUUUCCUCUCCGGCCCCGAGAUCCUCCGCCUCCGCUCCGACACCAUGCGCUCCGAUGGCGUCGCGUUCCUCGUCUCCACCAACCAGUCCUUCCUCCUCCGCCUCGCCUGCGCCGAGCUCGUUGCCGAUCUCGACCGUGCCGCUUCUGCCGCCGCACGCCUCGGCUUCCGAUCACGCGACCCCUUCCUCUCCAGAUUCAACCGCAUCUACGCCGACGCCAAGGAGGGGAACUUCGACUGCAUCGAUUGGAUCGGAAUUGAGAAAAAGGCCGGCACGAGGGUGAAGAAGAUGGAGCGGCGUGUCGCGGCAACAGCGAGGUUGCACGCGGAGAUGGACGUGUUAAACCAGCUGGAGGCAUCGGAGAGGAGGAUGAAGCAAUGGAUGCAGCACAGCAGGCCGACAGCGGUGCAGAAGCCGGACCCGGCCGUUGAUACGCUGCGGAAGAAGCUCAAGGAGCAGCGACAGCGAGUGCGCCGCCUAGUAGACGAGUCGCUGUGGAUCGAGACCGUCGACAAGGCGGCCGACCUCAUGGCCAAAUCCGUGCUCUCGAUCCUCGCUAGGAUUUCUACCGUCUUCGGCCAUGUCGUGCCCAGUUUGCCGCGCAUAACGGCCAAUCGUGGUCGCAGUUACAGUCCCAAAGCGAAACACUCGUCGGGGCCGCUGGAGCGAUCGACGCCGAUUAGCGCGGCAGUGAGGCACUCCGCGCCGCUUUUCGUACACAAAGAAGUGACCUCGAAGCCUUUCGAAGAUCUAUCUAGGGUUUUGGAGCCGCCGUCGAAGACCGUAGGCGGGUCCGGCAUGGCGCUACUGUACGCGAACGUGAUUGUGUCUGCGGAGAAGCUCUUAUUGGCGAAGUCGGCAAACGGACCGUCGGAUGAAGAAGAUAUGAACGCGACGAGAGAUGAGCUGUACAUGAUGUUACCGGAGAGGAUUCGGGCGGUGACGAAUGCGAAGCUAAGGGAAUACGUGAAGAGGGAAGCAGCGACGGCCGGGGGAGUGGACGGAGCGGAGGCGGAAAGGUGGAAAAGGAGGGUGGAGAGCACUCUGAAGUGGCUGGGGCCGGUGGCACACGACACGGUGCGGUGGCAGCAGGAGAGGCAGAUGGACCGGCAGCAGCGGUUCAGCACGCGGCCGAGGGCGGUGAUGCUGCAGACGCUGCACUUUGCCGACCGCGACAAGGCGGAGGCUGCCGUCGUGGAACUGCUCGUCGGGCUCAGUCGCAUUUGCUGGUGCGAUGAGCGGCCGCGCGAGUUGCCGAGGCCGGCGGAAUUUUGAUGCUCGGAUGAAUGGGAAUCGGAUACUGUGUAUACAUAUAUAGUAUAGCUAGAUAUGAAAAAUACAGGAAUUUGCAAGGAUUGAUGGUGUAGUAGUUUGUUGUAAUGAAUUCAUUGAUUGAUUUGUUUCCAUACAUGUUAAGAUUUACACAUACGAGAAUGACAGAGUUGAAUUUUUAA